AUGAUCUGCAGCAGCAGCAGCAGCAGCAAUGGCGGUACAGAAGUGGGAAUUAGUCACGACCAUGAUCAUGAGCUGAGAAGAGGGCCUUGGACGCUGGAGGAAGACACUCUUCUCUCCCAUUACAUCGCCAGGCAUGGCGAAGGCCGCUGGAACAUGCUCGCUAAAUGUGCUGGACUGAAAAGAACUGGGAAGAGUUGCAGGCUAAGAUGGCUGAAUUACUUGAAGCCGGAUAUUAAGAGAGGGAAUCUCACUCCCAAAGAGCAGCUUAUGAUCCUUGAACUCCAUUCCAAGUGGGGUAAUAGGUGGUCACGAAUAGCUCAACAUCUGCCUGGAAGGACGGACAACGAGAUCAAGAACUACUGGAGAACGCGAGUGCAGAGGCAGGCAAGGCAGCUCAACAUCGAAUCCAACAGCAAAAAAUUCCUCGACGCUGUGAGGUGCCACUGGAUGCCACGUCUGCUUCAGAAAGCUGAACAGCAGCAAAUUACUUCAUCAUCAUCAGAUGGUCAGCUUCCAACUUCGAGUACUAUGCCUGAUCAGACGAUUCUGAAUCAUCAUCAGGUGGCUGCAGCGGAUUCUGCAGGUUCCCUGCUAUCGCCUGCAGCGGAUCAGGAACUGAUCAUCGCUAAUCCGUAUUACUCUUUUCCACCACAAGAAGCUGAGGCAAUCCACUUCUCGAACAUGACCUCCCUUUCCACAGGCUCCACAACGGUGUCGUACCAGCACCAGCAAAACCCUGAGGCGGGGAAAGUUGUUGGAUCGGAAUAUGUUGGAAUAUUCUCCAUGGAAAACUGCAACUGGAACAUGAUUCUGGGUGAUGGAAACUACUAUGAAGAGAUGGUGGAUCCAUUGAUGGCAGCAGCUGCUUCAGGUUCACAGUCGUCGACAGCGGAUCAUGGAUUGUGCCACGUGGGAGGCGAUGAUGGCAACUGGGUGGGGUAUAACUAUGACGUGGCGGAUACACUCUGGAACUUGGAUGACACGUGGCAGUACGGGAUUCGAGGGAACGAGCAUCUAGCUAGCUUAGUGGAGAGAUAG